AGACGCAAGUGCGACUGGUCUCAUGAUUCACAUGCCUCAGCAACACCCCUCUCAACAAGGGGCUGUCAACGACAUUGCGCUCUCCGCGCAGACAUAUCUACCGCCGCCACCUCCUAUCCCAGGGGCAGAGCGCGGUAGUCGGCCUCCGCGAGCACCCUCCUCUGGGACUCGACAUCGCAACAUGUCUUCGUCCCCCAUGCGCAGAACUCGGGGCCCCUCGGCCUCGGCCUCCCCCACGCAAGCGCACUCUCAGAUGCGCAACCAGUCCCGACACAGCUCCACAGGGUCCAUCUCCUCCGUCCGCAGCACCCCCGGCCGGGGACCCGGGUCCGCGCCCAACACACCGGGAGGGGUCCGCAAGCGCCGAUCGAGAGACGUGUUGGGGGGUAAUACUGGCGGCGGCAUAAGUUUGGGAGGCGGGGGCGGCGAUGGGCUGGGCUUUGUCAACUUUACGCCUAACGAUGGUAGCGUUCUCAUGACCGGCGUGGCACCAAGUGGCAGCUCGAAAACGAAAGCUCGGAGGGAGAAGGAGGCCCAGGAGAAGAGAAGGAAACUAAGCGAGGCGGCGAUGAAGGCCGUGGCUGCCGCGGGAGGGGAUGUGGACAAGCUGAUACAAGAGGGUUUUGUGUUUUGAGAAUGGCCGCAACCCUGUUCCUGCCUAGCACUUGUUAUGUUUGACUUGGUUUCAUGCGUUCUACUUGGUCAGUCCUUUCAUUAUGAUUUCUUGUUGGGCUUGAGCACCCCAUCUAGAAUCUUUUGCAAAACGGAGUUUGAGUUUUCAUUAUGACCAGGUUGGUUUCUAAAGCAUGAUGAUUUUAUUAGAUAGUAGGUGCUGCUGGUUUAUGUCCUAGACAACACAUUUUCCUCGCUCUACGCUACUA